UCUUCUGCGUGUGAGUCAAAGAGAGUGUAAAAAUCUUCCGAACGUCAAAUUCUCCCGGGACAAAUUAUUUUGCAUGGAAAAACAGACUUCGUGACUCAAGUUGAGGAGUCUGAAGCAGGCAUCGCCAUAGAAGGAAGUACCUCUAACUGAAGCAAAGCCGAGAUAACAUAACCGAGAAGAUGCCGAUCAGACUUACAGACGAGGAACACAGCGAUUUAAGCCUUGAUGAUUUCGCCACGACAAGUAGCACCGGAACUGACGUAAUGAGGUUAGACGGGACCGAAAGUGAACUUGGAGAGGAGGAUAUAUCUGAAUUCGAUGAAAUGAGCGACGAUUGUGACUCAGAACAAAAGGGAUCAGACGAUGGCAUGUCGUCAAACAAAGACCAAAAAUCAGGGAAAGAAAAAGGUGAACAAGAAGCAAAGGUGCCCAAGAAACGCGGACCGAAAAAGAAACAAAUGACUAAAGCACGCGUAGUGAAACUUCGAAUUCGUCGCGUGAAGGCGAAUACACGUGAGAGAAAUCGUAUGCAUGGUCUAAAUGACGCACUGGACGAGCUACGUGAACAUGUGCCUUGCUACUCCAAAACACAGAAACUUUCGAAGAUAGAAACGUUACGACUUGCCCGCAACUACAUAUAUGCCUUGGCCGAAAUUUUGAAAUCGGGAAUGAAACCUGAUAGCGUGUCAUUUGCUAAAGCUCUGUCUAAAGGUUUGUCUCAGAAUACAAUGAACUUGGUGGCCGGAGGUCUUCACCUUAAUCCGCGCACGCUUCUACCCGAAUCUUCCUUCUCCAAACCUUACCAGUUCUACUUCAACAAUUCCUACGAUCUCUGCUCGACAGGUAGUUCCACCGUGCCUUACUCUACCCCCUACCCAAUGCAGCAAAUGGCAAACAGUUAUAGCCAGCCUGUCAACAGCACGCCGAUGCCAGUUCAUUCUGUCCCGAUAUCCCGUCAACCCAUCACUUCCUGUCCAAACAAUAUGUCGCCAAUCCACGCUUCCGCUCAGCCUCUUUCCUAUAUGACACCACGGAACAAUAGCCCGUUACAAGCACAGACAGCUAACUCGUCUCUGCAGAUAGAAGCUAUGACAUCUUCUAAUUUUCUUCGAUGUGACAAUUCAGUGGAUUACCAGUGUAACGGUAUGGCACCAGGUAUGUACGCUAAUUCUAAUGCGAUGGUCGGACCUGUGCCCAGUGUUCCGGAUUGUAGCUCCUAUACGUUGCUUGAUGACCUCGUGGAAUUUCAGACAGACGCGCACGUAGAUACAGAUCUCGCAAUGAUGAACACAACGGCAAAUUUGUUUGACGUGACAGGGUGAUGUGACGUCAUUUUGCAGGAUACGUACGUUAUUGGUUAAUAUAGUGUCAGCAUUUUAUGUGUACGUUUUAUAUGACGUCAUCAUUCAUAAAUUUUGACAUGGUGACGUGACACCAAAGUGGCUUACAAAUUAAAUAUGUAUAGGAUUCGGAUGUCUAUUUCUUUUAAUAACAGACAUGUCGAAAUUAAAGGAUAACAUUCGACUACCUUGGUCAUAAAAUAAAUAAUCAUGAAGAUCAGAUAUCAUGAUUUGUGCAUGAACGUUACCUUAUUUAUCGGAUAUACUGAAUGGGUUCGUCUUGUGAGCUGGCAGUGUUCAGGUGUAAUUACACGAUAAGGAAAUGUUGAUUAGACAAAAACUUGGCUCACAUGCAUUCCCACGUUCUGGUCACCUUCACAACCUCGCUAAUGGAUGCGUGUGUUAUAAAAUAUUGAUGGGGUAACGUGAAUCACCAGGUCCACUGUUGGCUGCCAGUCCACGAGGCGAGUGUUUCGCACGUGCCUUUUGUCACGUGAUAUUUCUAGUCAGUCUCACAAACAAUUUACAUGUCAUAAACAAUUACUUCCUCUUAAUAUUCUUAAUUAGUUCGAUUGUUUUCAGAAUUAAUUAUAAACUGAUGAAAUAAUAUUUAAUUACAAAUAGAAGUGCUUUAUAAAAUAUGUAUCCAUAUGCAAAUGUUUGUAUCUAUAAUUGAUUUCAUCAUAUUGAAUAUCAAAACAUUUUUAUGAAUAGUUUAUAUUUUACAAUUUGAGCAUUUCAUAUCAAAAUCCAUCCAUAUAAAAUGUUCUGAAUCACUGCUUUUUAUACAUUAACAAUGUGCCUAUUACAAUAUUUUGAUACAAACCCAAUGUACUUAUGAUUGAUUAAUGGAUAUCUACAUAUAUUUACUUAGAACGUAGACUACCGUAGAAACAUGUUAGUGUGUUUAAUAUAUAUUACAUCAUUGAUCAGCUAAAUGCUACUGUAUUGUGGACAGCCAAUCCUGUUGACUUCUUAUAUAUAAGCUUUAUACUCGACACAAUUAAAACCUGGUUGGUCCAGUUAUGCGUUCGGUUUGGCAUAAAUGAUUUCCUAAAGUCAUAUUCUAAAUAUGAUACUUACAUAUAUUACAUAACCUUUUGGUAAAUAUGAUAUAUAUAUAUAUAUUACAUAAUUUUUCGCACCAUUGAUGGCCUAUGGACAUUAUUUCCUCUCUCUAGAUCACGUUUUAUUUGUCCUGUCGAUAUAAUUCUGAUUUAAUUUAGACGAGUUAGUAGUUAUUUGAAAUACAUGUAGUUGACACUUUAAUGUGAUGCAUGUAAAUGCAUAUUUCACUAUCAAGGACGAUAAAAUCGGGAAAGUAUUGGUUUUUCAACUUGUGAUGCUAUGCCUUAUUGAAUGAUCAGACUAAUACACGGGAUAGUACAAUGGUCCGUUUUAUGAAUGGGAGUAAAUUUAUACUUGUGUUUGCAAAAUGUCAUGACAUUUAAUGAAAAUCAACAUUAUUAACCUUUUGUGCUAUUAAGAAAAGUCAUUGGCGGCAUAUUGAUAAGGGAGAUAAUUCACACUGAUAUCAAUUUACUUUGUAAUACUAAACAUCACCUAUGAUUUCUAUGUUAGAUUAUGUUUCAAGUCACAACAGGUCACGGUGAAUAUGCAAUAUUUCCACACUCGCGUAGAGUAUUAUGUUUCAUGCAAUUUACACUUUAUACAAUAAAUGUUCAGCUAUUUACCCUUGUAAUGAGCAGAAAAUUCUGCUUUAUUGUUUACUCGGUGUCAUUCCUCAACAUGGACAUUCGCAAUAUAACAGGAAGGUUAGAAGGUGGGGUCACGUGAUAGGGUGCACGGAUGUUAAACUGGCAACACCCAUACGGAACACAAAUAAAGAAGGCUAUUCGGUACAAGAAUUUCAAUCGUCUAUAAAACUACCCGUCGAUGAGCUUCGACUCAACUUUACAUAAGUUAGGACAUAAAAAACGCUCUGACGAGUCCUAGAAGGACACGACAGUUGUAUGAUGUCCCUAACACUAAUGACAAGUUCUAAAAGAACGAGACAGGGUUAUGAUGUCCCCAACAUCACUGACGAGUCGUAUAAGGACGAAACGGGCCUAUGAUGCCCCUAACAUCAAUGACGAGUCAUAGAAGGACGAAACGGCACCUAUGAUGUCCCUAACAUCACUGACGAGUCCUAGAAGGACAACAUAUGUUAUG